CAGCCUCAUCUUCCCCCUAUCCUCGCCUUCAUCUUCCUUUGUUAAUGGCUCUCCCUCCUGCAAAAUCACACCUCUUACUCUUUUCAUUAUUCUCCCUUCUCUUCAUCAUCCAUGCCAAAAUUGAUAUCGAUCCUUCAGAUCUCAAAGCUUUCUUGGCUUUUCAGAAGCAGUUGGGUUUCAACGGUCAACUCCACCCGUUGACCGCACACCCAUGUAACACCGACGGUGUUUUCUGCGAGAGGAGGCUUUCCAGUAAUGAGAGCUAUGCUCUCAGAAUCACCAGAAUCAUCUUCAAGUCUAAGAAGCUUAAUGGUGUCCUGUCCCCAGCGAUUGGGCGUCUCUCUGAGCUCAAGGAGCUUUCUCUUUCGGACAACCAACUCGCGAGCCAGAUUCCACCUCAUAUAGUUGACUGCCGGAAGCUGGAAGUUCUUGACCUCGGAAACAACCACUUCUCCGGCGAGGUCCCGUCUGAAUUGUCCUCCCUCAUUCGCCUUCGAGUCCUUGACAUAUCUUCCAACAAAUUUUCUGGGAAUUUGAAUUUCUUGAAGUAUUUCCCCAACCUGGAAAGUCUCUCCGUGGCGGACAAUCUCUUCACGGGGAGAAUUCCGGCGUCUAUACGUUCAUUUCGCAAUCUCCAACGGUUCAACUUUUCUGGGAAUCACUUCCUUGAAAUUCCCGGGCCAUUGAUGAAGAGAUUUGGACACUCAGCAUCUGAUAUCCCCAGAAGAUACAUCCUUGCUGAGAAUUCAGCUCCAACAACAAGUGAGGGAACUUCUGCUAAUGCUCCAAAAUCCAGUAGGAACCAUUCUAAUCAUUCAGGGGCUCAAGCUUCUCCAGCUCCAGCUCCAACAGCGCAUCACGAACACAAGGAAAGGAGGAAACUAGGUGGGUGGAUUCUCGGAUUCCUAGCAGGAGCAUUCGCUGGGAGCAUAUCGGGGUUAAUAUUUUCUUUGCUGUUUAAGUUGGCCGUCGCUGUGCUCAAAGGUGGAGGGAAGAGCACAGGCCCUGCAAUUUAUAGUCCAUUGAUUGCAAAGGCAGAGGACUUGGCUUUCCUGGAGAAAGAAGAUGGAGUGAGUUCAUUAGAAAUCAUUGGAAAAGGUGGCUGUGGAGAAGUUUACAAGGCUGAAUUACCAGGAAGCAACAAACUUGUUGCUAUAAAGAAGGUCAAGCAACCUCCAAAAGAUGCAGCCGAACUGUCUGAAGAAGACAGUAAGAUUCUGAACAAAAAAAUGCGUCAAAUUCGCUCGGAGAUCAACACGGUUGGUCAAAUUCGACAUCGAAACCUUCUACCUCUGCUAGCUCACGUGUCAAGGCCGGAUUGCCACUACCUUGUAUAUGAGUACAUGAAGAACGGAAGCUUACAAGAUGUGCUGAAUCAAGUUCAAGCAGGCGUAAGAGAGUUAGAUUGGUUAGCACGUCACAAGAUUACAGUUGGCGUAGCAGCUGGCCUCGAGUACCUUCACAUGCACCAUACUCCUCGUAUAAUUCACAGAGAUCUCAAGCCCGGAAAUAUUCUUCUUGAUGAUGAUAUGGAAGCUCGAAUUGCAGAUUUUGGGCUUGCAAAAGCAAUGCCAGAAGCUUAUACCCAUGUCUCAACUUCAAAUGUGGCGGGAACGAUGGGUUACAUAGCACCAGAAUAUCACCAAACAAUGAAAUUCACUGACAAGUGCGACAUAUACAGCUUCGGGGUUGUUCUUGGCAUCUUGGUGAUGGGAAAGAUUCCAUCUGAUGCGUUCUUUCAGGAAACAGAGGAGCUGAGUUUGGUGAAGUGGAUGAGGAAUGUGAUGACUUCAGCCAAUCCUACUAGGGCCAUUGAUGAAAAGCUCUUAGGCAAUGGAUAUGAAGAGCAGAUGCUUCUGGUUCUCAAGAUUGCUUGCUUUUGUACUCUUGAUGAUCCCAAGGAGAGACCUAACAGUAAGGAUAUCAGAUGCAUGUUGUCCCAAAUCAAACACUGAUAGUGCUCCUACGCUCCUGAAGAAUGUCGAAUAAUAGCAUGUAAUGCUUUUGUUAUAAAGUGUCUAUGAUCACGCUAGUCUACCUUUAGUAGGUGUGUUGUGUCAAACGCAAGACGACACUGUAAAAUAUACAGUUUCUGAUUACAUAAUGUAAGAUAUUUCUGUGUCUAAAUCCUGGUAAAUCAUCAUGUAUUGUCCAGCUUUUCUAUAGAAUUCAUCUGGACUUUGUUAUGAUUAAGAACAAGAAACAGCCCCUCGCAUUUCGAGUGUUUA